AGACGCCGGGAGAAGCCCGGAGAAGCGGGCUCCGGAGGGAGGCUGGGAGCGGUAGAAGAGGAGGAGGAGAAAGGGAGGAGGACCCUGGGAGGGAGGCGUCGGCGCGGGAGGAGGAGGGGCGCAGCCGCUGAGCCACUAGCUCCGCUCCGACGCGCUUCUCUCCAGAUACUCCGGGAGCUCCAGCCGCGCGGAACAGGCGCUCCCACCGCUCUGUACCCAAACUUCAGCUGCAGCUACAUUCCAAGCCACCUAAUUUAUUCCUCAAAAAUCAGAAACGGAGCCGCGACACGGGGAAGGAGUCCGCGGAGGAGUACAACAACAGCAGAGCAAGAAGAGCUCCAGAGAGCUGCCUCACCGGAGCAACAGCUAGGCAUCGGUUGUGUAGGAACCAACAAGUGAGAAGGCGCCGCGUUCCCGGGGCGCAGCCGCAGGCGCAGCAGGAGGAAGCGAGAGCCCGGAGCCCGAGCUCCCGAGCCCGAGCGGCGGUCGCUGCGGCUGCUCUGCUCCGGUCCUUCUGCGCAGGCUGCGCCGGGCGCUGGGCGAGAGACUUCGUUUUUCCCUCGUUGCAAAGCGGCGGCUGGGAGCAGCCGGGUCCCGGGGAAUAUGCGGCGCGCUUGGAUCCUGCUCACCUUGGGCUUGGUGGCCUGCGUGUCGGCGGAGUCGCGGGCAGAGCUGACAUCUGAUAAAGACAUGUACCUUGACAACAGCUCCAUUGAAGGCUCAGGAGUAUAUCCUAUUGAUGACGAUGACUAUGCUUCUGCAUCAGGCUCGGGAGCUGAUGAGGACGGAGAGAGUCCAGAGCUGACCACAUCUCGACCCCUUCCAAAGAUUCCGUUCACCAUUGCUGCUCCGAGAGUGGAAACCACGACUCUGAACAAGAUACAGAAUAAGAUCCCUGCUCAGACAAAGUCACCUGAAGAAAUUGAUAAGGAAAAAGUUCACCUCUCUGACUCAGAAAGGAAAAUGGACCCAGCUGAAGAGGCUACAAAUGUGUAUACUGAAAAGCACUCAGACAAUCUGUUUAAACGAACAGAAGUCCUGGCAGCUGUCAUUGCUGGCGGAGUUAUCGGCUUUCUCUUUGCAAUUUUCCUUAUCCUGCUGUUGGUGUAUCGCAUGAGAAAGAAGGAUGAAGGAAGUUAUGACCUUGGAGAACGCAAACCAUCCAGUGCUGCUUAUCAGAAAGCACCUACUAAGGAGUUUUAUGCGUGAAAACUCCCAUUUAGUGUCUCUAUUUAUGAGAUCACUGAACUUUUAAAAAUAAAGCUUUUGCAUAGAAUAAUGAAGAUCUUUGUUUUUUUGUUUUUGUUUUUUUUCAUUAAAGAGCCAUUCUGGCACUUUAAUGAUAAAAUCCCAUUGUAUUUAAAACUUUUCAUGUAUUCCUUUAGAACAACAUAAAAAUUCAAAGUUAACAUCUGCAGUGUUCUGUGAAUAGCAGUGGCAAAAUAUUAUGUUAUAAAAACCCUCAAUGUUCAUGGAAUCGGUUUAAACUUUUAUGUGCAAAUAUGAAAAGAGUGUUUUUAUCCUGCGGUUUGAAGAUGAAAGCUGUUUCAUUUGAGUCUGCAUGUCUCAGAUUGACCUUACCAAGUUCGUCUUACUUUGUUAAUUUAUCUGUUGUUCCCCUCUCCUCUGCUCGCCCCUCUUGGCCCCUUGAAAACAAAACAAAACUCUAUGCCUUUUGUAGCUGUUACGGUGCGGUUUGUCUUUGGAAAUUUCAGAUAAUGGUAAUUUAGUGUAUAUGUGAUUUUCAAAUAUAUAAACUUUAACCUCCACUUUGUAUAAAUUUUUAAGUGUCAGACUAUCCGUUUUACACUUGCUUUGUUUUUCAUUACCUGUAGCUUCAGGCAGAUUUGCAACAGCGAAUUAAUGUUUAAAAUUGGAUUAUCACCGCAAAACUGUUUAGUCAUGUCUGUCUAAUCAGAUCUUCUUUUGGGAGGAUUUGAGUUACUGACAAGCCUCAGCAAACCCAAAGAUGAUAACAGUAUUUUGAGAAGUUGCUGCAGAUUCCUUUGGCCACUGUAUUUGUUAAUUUCUUGCAAUUUGAAGGUACGAGUAGGGACUUAAGGAAAAAAUCCGUUUUUGUUCUUAAAAAUGCAUUUAAAUUGUAAACAUCUUUUUAAGCCUUUGAAGUGCCUAUGAUUCUGUGUAACUCUUCGCAGACUGGUGUUAAUGAGUAUAUAUAACGGUUAAAAAAAAAAAGUUGGUAUUUUAUAAGAACAGACGAUUAUAAUGGUAACUUUUGUAGUCUUACGAAUAGACGUAAAUUGUAAUUUGAGAACAUAAAAACUACUGAAUAAAUCAUGUGGCCUAAUAUUGAAAAUGUCACUGUUAUAAAUUUUGUACAUUUUCGGUCAAAUGUACACCUCCCCUUUGCUAACGACCGUCUGCUCUCAAGGAUGUUGUGGGUUUGAUUUCUGAGUGUUCCACAGUGUCUGUAAAUCAAAAACCAAAGAGCUCAGUGAUGAGGCUGUUUAUUACCAGAUUCACUUGUGAAUUGGCCAGAGGAAAUCUGAAUAUAUCAUCCUGUGUAUGUUUGAAAGUAGAUAUCGAAAGGGCGCCAGAGAGGGAAUUGUGACUUUUGCAACCUUUAUGGAGAUAGCUGAUGGCAAUAUUGAGACGAAUGCCUGCUCUUGCAAAUAACUUUUAGGACCAUAAAUUCCCAAGGACUAAAGGGGGCUUUCCUGACGUCGGUGUCUAUGGUUUAGUCCUGUAGAUUGUUUUACCUUCGAAACUGCUCCAAAUCUCUCCUGAAGCUUAACCGAAGAGGUAAUAGAUGGAAUACCAUAGUUCACACUGUAGGGGAUAAGAGUCAGGCAGGGAGGCUCUGUGCAUUAAAAGGAGGGCCUCACUGCUUAGGAAUGCAAUUGCCAGAAAGCCUGAGGAAGAGCUGGAAAUAUGAGAGUACCCUGUCUGGGGACUGCCUUUUAACUGAACAUUUCCUUUUUCUAUUUUACCACCAAUUUUGUUUUAAACUGUGAGUGGCCAAAGUAGGAAGACAGCAAAAACAGCCACCUUUCCAACAUGUAAUUUACUGUUAAUGAAGUAUGAAUCCUUCAUUUAGAGAACAUUCCCCGGAAUUGCCACAGAACUCAUUAAAAAAAAUUUUUUUUAAUGCAGCACUCGGAACAGUGUUGACGUCAAUUCUGAAUGGCCUUAAUUCUCAAAUUCCUGUCCAGUCACUUGCACAAUCAGUCCACUUUGAAGUGAUUAAAAGGAAGUGAUAGCACCUUCUUAAAGCUGCACAAUGUCCCUCGGUUACGGAGGUUAGGAACGUAGUGGGUAUACGUCUAACUGUGCAAAGCAUAGCGAAAUUCAGUUCGUAGAAUAACAACUGCUUGGAAUAUCCAUGCCAGGAAAAGGAGAUUUCUGGCAAACAUUUUGUCACUGCUGUAAAGCAAAAUAUUUGUUAAAGUGCCAAAAUAAAGUCUGUCAUGCUGAAAGUAAAAAA